UACUGUCGUCGUUGCAACCGCCGACGACCACUACCACCACCGCUCAACACCAGGCCAAGUACGACGACUCAGCCAACACGGAACUCCUCAAGCAGGUAAUUACAAAAUUCGUUUUUUUUUUCUUUUUCACUUUCCACCCCGCCCGGGUUUAUCGAGUAUUACAACCGUCACCUCCAGCUCCACCUCCACCACCACCUCCCUCGACUAGCACACGAUAGAAACAUCACUUUACGUUUUCGAAUUCAAGCCGCUAUACUCGAGUUUGAAGGACUUAAUCAAUCACAAGUUUAAUUUAAAACGACAAAAUCAUCGAUUUUCCAGCAAAAAAUUUGCUCGAAUCGUUCUAAGUUUGAUCUAGUGUUUUUUUAUAAUUAUUGUUAUUUCCAUCCAGUUUUCGUCAAAUUAAAUGUAUUCAUAUUGAAAUGUACGUUAAGCGUUUAGGGCAGUGGUGUGAUAUCGUUUCAAAUGGAUUCUAAAAUGGUAUCAUUACAUUUAUUUUACAUUAAAUAUAUUACCUCCUCCUAAAAUGUUAUUCUAGUUCUGCCUAUUUUAUGUAACUUAAGAAUAAUUUAUUAGAUGUUGAUUUUUAAUAUAGAUAAUGAUAUAUUGUUAUCCCUCUUGAAGUCAAAUUUAGGACCCAAGGAUAAUUAUGUAUUUUUAAUUUUUUUUCUGUCCUCUGUCACACCACUGUGCUUGUGUUCAGCGACAUGUUUUUAAAAUCUUCCAUCACACAAGUUUUUUCACCAUUAUAAUGCAAUUCUCUACCACGUGAUUUGGUUCAUGAACAAUAUUUGAAUAUAUACUUCGUGGAUGAUCCAUUUUACGUAAGACACUCGUUAUUUUAGAAACUACUAACGUUUUCAAAAAAACUUAUUUCAAUAACUUUAAGUUGUUCUUAAAAUAUUCUGCUUAAGAAUAAAUUAAAAAUAUGUUUCUAAAAUAAUGAGUAUCUUACGUUAAAUGGAUCAGUCCACAUAUAAAUUAUAUAAAUACACCCCUACCCUAUCUCUAAGAUAAACGGUCGUGUCAACGAUAACACACCUAUAGGACUCAGUAAAAAUUCCAAAAAUAUACUCACAUUCGGGAACAAUAAUUAUUAUGAAAAUAUAUAUCGCUUACGGUUUCGUCACAAAUGCCCAUAACCACGACAAUAACCGUUUAUGAAUUCAAAUGAUCAGAGUGAACUAUAUUUUAUUAUAUAUAUAAAGUUUAUAUUAUAAUAUACACCGAUUAUUAAAGCAGUAAACACUAUUAUGGAUUCAACGAAUAUUGACGAUAAUUUUUGUUUUUUACAUCCAUAUUUUUUUUUUUUUAACUUCCUUCGGCACUACCUUUUUUUUUUAGCAAAAUAGACCUAUAUGCAUCAAGGUUGUACUCAAUUGAUUUUUAUUCCAAUAUUAAAUAUGAAGAAAUACUUGAAUUUAUUACUAAAUUUAACCCUAAGGUCAAUAUUUAUAAAAUGUUGAACCUGUAUUUUUUUUCCUUUGAAAUUUAUAAAAAUACGAGAUUUUUUCUAAGUUUUGAGUGAAAUUUAUUCAUUAAUUGAUUGAAACUAUGGCUUGAAGGGAUCCUAAGUUGAUUUUAAUACUCGUUCAAAACAAAUGCUUAUCCCGUUCGCUGUUGAAGGAAUCAAAAUAGACUUCAUAAUAUAUUUAAAUAUGUUUUCAAAAUUAUUAGCUGAGUAGGUAAUACACAAGUCAGUAAAUGUCAGAACGCGAUUGGGGUUAUUUUUCUCCGAAAAAAAGGUACCUAGUGUGGAAUCCCCCGAAUGGUGUAUUCGAUAUUUUUUAUUAUUACUAACACAUUCAAAUACGUGAGUCUUUUAAAAAUAAAACGCCUAAAAUAUAAUACUCCAGUGUUCGGUGUUGAGACGAUCGUUUGUAAAAAUGUUGUACUGAAAUUUUGGAAUAUAAAAUUAUAUAAUAUUAUACCUAUUGUUAUUAUAUUCGCGCGGCGAUCUCGUCGACGUGCCAUUUGUUAUUACAUACCGUCGUUUGUGUGUGCGCGCGCCCGCGUAUAUAUUGCGCAACAGGUGUUGAUGAAGAAAUGUCUGCACCGGUACACGAUGACGUGCCUGAAACUGGACCUGGUACGGCUGAUCGACCGGCUGGGCACGGCCCGCGCCUAUCAGCUGGUUCCCGGCGUGUCGCUUGUCCGGGCCUCGGACGGGAAUCAGUCGACGACCUCCGGCGGCGGUGGCGGCGGUGGUGGCGGUCACCAUCAUCAGCAGAAUCAGCAGAACCAGCACCAUCAACAGCAUCACCAUCACGGCGGCAUUCCUCCUGACGUUGUCAGGUCGCUGGUCCGGGGCAACGAUUCGGCCGAUGAGCUGGACGGGUAUCUGAUGGAAAAGGUCGACGCGUACCUGAACAGCCUGUCCAUCAGCGUCAAGCUUGUCGACUCGGCGGUGGUGGAGAAGGUGCGCAAUCUCAGCAGCCAAAUGCUCGUCAACAUACUGCCCACCGGAUUGCUAGAAACUGGGCGGGGCAAGAAGGACGGUAUGAAAGCUGCCCUGUGGUCGGCCGGUACACUGGCGGCAAUCGCAUUCGCGUCGCUGGCCGCAAUGUCGGGCAAGGCGUUGAUGACUGCCAUGUUGGCGCUCGUCCUCGCGGCCGUGUGCGCCCUCAAAGGCCACGGAGGCGGCGGUGGAGGCGGCGGAGGAGGCGGCUACGGAAAGACGUCGCACUACGAGAUCAUCACCAAGCCGGCCAUCUACGACCACGAACACCUGGUGCACGGAGCGUCGUACUCGUCUGCGCCGUACAGUUACGCUCGGCACCUCACCAUGGACGAGAACGGCGGAACGCAUCACCCGGUCGGACGCGGCCCGCUGCAACCUCAGCGCGUCAGCGUCGUGCACGCGGCGCCGGCCGCUCCGGCCAACGCCCAGUCGGGUGACGCUUCCGGGCCGGGUCAACAGGCCGGUGACGAUGACGCGGACGACGAGGCUAGCGUCGGCCGUCUGUCGUACCCGCUGGCGCCGAUAGCUUACAUACCCACCAACAACGCCUGAUGACACUCGGCAUUUCGAUGUUGUUAUUUACUCGUCCACUUCAUUCAGUCCACCUCAAUGCUAUUAUUAUUAAUAUGUAUUUAAUUAUUUAUUUAUUUAUUUAUUAUAUUUAUCCAAUUUAAUUUAAUUUCGUUUCAGCGUUUGGUGUUACAAUAUUAUAUUAUUUUAUUGCUAUGAAAAUGAUGUGAUUCGUUCAGUAAUAAACACCAUCGUAUACUCGUAA